AUGGGUUAUGAGGCAGCUACUAACAAACGACCACAGCCCACAACUACGUCUCUAAUCCUACAACAAAGCAAAAGACGCAAGCAUAGAGCAUUAGUUCCAAGUCUUAAUCCACAGACACCAGCCACUUUGCUACCGUUUUUAUCAGUUGCUAUCCGGCCACCAUCAGAAGAUAGAAAUAGCUCUUCUACGACGCAUCACCUUAUUAAUAUAUCAGGCAGCAACACGCUUGAUACGCCAGAGAACAUAGUGAUGCAGAUACCAGAGAACCAAGGCAGCAAUCGCAUCAAUAGAGCUCGCGUCGCUCAAACACCCAGCAGCCAGCAUGAAGAAGGAAGCGAAGACAACAACCAACAACGACUGCAACACCAAGCCGCUGCCACUGCCAGGGAAAGAGUUAAGCCAAUACAAAUAGAACUGGGCUCUGUUGCGCAGCCAAGCCCAUCACCAUGCAACAGUCGAUCCUCUUCAAAGCAAGUUGCCUCUCCGCCAGCCGCUACAAUACCAACCCCGCAAAGAACAGCGUUGCCCAAGCACAGAAACACCAACACAAUACGUGAAGAGCCAGCUCGCGUAUUGCCCAAAAUACAGCAUACUGGACAGAUACCAGCGCGUCUUCGGAACCUGACAGGCGCUAGAGCAGGGGGGAGGCCGACACCAAAACAAUAA